AGGUCGGUCCUCCACACAGUUUACGUCUGACUCGCUGGAUGGAGUUGCCGAGUUGCUCACAUGGCGCCGGACACCUCCCGAGGGUCGGGCGUCUCCUCGGCCGGCUUGUAGUGACGAAAGCCGGGGGACAGCAGUCGAGGAACCGACGCUUCUGGUAGUUUGCGUGGCACUUUUUCCGAGAAGAGUUUAACCAAGUUUAAGACGCCCCCCUUUAAGACAACGAAGAAGUCGCUGUAUUGACGUAGAUAAGUGCUUAUUAUUCAUUAUUUCGUGAAGUUGCUGCAAUGAAUGUGCACUUUGUGAGGAUAGCUUUUAAGGCAUGAGUUCAACCUCCACUGACUCACGAAGCCGUUCCGGGACCUCCUUGAAUUCUAAGGGGAUCUAGUCAGAUGUACACACAGCCUUUAGGGCCUAUGGCCCGGCCGCGGGGAUGGCGGCAGCUGCCCUAAAGUGGAACGCCCUCGCAGUCAUGAACGGCGGUAAUCAGUUUCACAUCCAGCAAGGUUCUACCAGUACCAACUCCAGAGAAAGCGGUACCAGUGCAUCUGGCCGUCCGGCUCUUCAGAUUCCGAAUCGGGGCUCCUACUGCCGGCUGCUUGGUGGAUCUCCUUUCAGUCCUGCUAGUCCUCAGAUGAGCCCCACCAGGACGACAGGUCACACGUUUGUUUUCCCACCCUCCCCUCGGGCUCGCUCUCCGUCGCCUCGGUGCCGGGAGCUUCUCGGGGUCAACGUGGGCCAAAGGGUCCGACGACUCAGUUCGCCUGGCGCCGGCGAGGAAGAGGAGGAGUCGUCGAAGGGAGGAGAGAAGCAAGAGGAGCGCAGACGACAAGCGCAGCUGCUGCAGAUUCAUAAAGAGCUGCAAAACGUUGAGGUCAAGGGGAAAGUGGGCAUUUUCGAGGCUCACAUAUCUGGGAUUCGUGCCCAGGUGCUCAACAGCGAGCUCCAACGCAGCCCUCGGUCUCCGAGACGAGUGUCGGGCCAAGUCCCGCCCCCUCCCGGCCCCGGCGGUGCAGCCCUUGAAUGCUCAAUGACCCAGGCCCGCCAGAGUCAAGUUCCUCCCGUUGUCCAAAAUGGGAGAGAAGACGAGGAUGAAGAAAGUAGCGCCGUUCAAAUAAAAACACUGUCCGUCCAAAACGGCUGCCGGUCAGAAACUAUAGAAUCCCCCCUUCCAGAUGGACAGCUCCUCGUCCGGGGUCCCUCGGGAGCUGAUCCUGCCAAAGAUGGAGGGAUAGAAAAGGACAGCGAGGUGAAGGAAAACAAACAAACACCGAGAGAUGACGGAGACUCAAGGGAGAGAGAAGUGAGCACGGAACGCCAGUCUUGCCCUCGCACGGACGCCGACAUGCUGCGAGCUCACCCGGAUACCCCCGCCGUCCUGCCUUCCAUCCCAGCGGUCAUCAUCACCGACCACGGACUGGAGAGUCACCUCCAAGCCCCAGGGGGCACACCGAGCCCUGCUUCCAGCCCUAGCAUGGCGGCUCGUGCCCUCAGGAAGCUGUCUUCGUCCUCGGCCUCGUCCGCAGGCUUCUCCUCGUCGUGGGAAGAGUCGGAAGAGGAUAUUUCCGACACGGAAAGAGGAGGGCAACUUCUCACCCCGGCGCAGCUCAGCUCUCGACAGAAAGCGCACAAGUCAUGGAAGAAGAUCAAGAACAUGGUUCAUUGGUCGCCGUUCGUCAUGUCAUUCAAGAAGAAAUAUCCUUGGAUACAACUGGCGGGGCAUGCAGGGAGCUUCAAGGCAGGAGCCAACGGCCGCAUUUUAAAAAAACACUGCGAGUGCGAGCAGAGAUGUCUGUCCCUCCUGAUGCGGGAUGUGCUGUGUCCGUAUGUACCUGGUUACCAUGGCGAUGUGGAGAAGGACGGCCAAAAAUACAAUCAGAUGGAGGACCUGCUGGCUGAGUUUGACUGUCCGUGUGUGAUGGAUUGCAAGAUGGGAGUGAGAACAUAUCUGGAGGAAGAGCUAACCAAGGCCCGCAAGAAGCCCACCCCGCGACCGGACAUGUACCAGAAGAUGGUGGAGGUGGACCCUGAGGCGCCGUCGGCCGAGGAGAACCAGAAAAAAGCGGUCACCAAGCCCCGUUACAUGCAGUGGCGGGAAACCAUCAGCUCUACCGCCACGCUAGGCUUCCGCAUUGAAGGAGUCAAGAAAGAAGACGGCACGGUCAACAGAGAUUUUAAGAGGACAAAGACGCGAGAGCAAGUCAUGGCGGCCUUCAACGAUUUUGUCAAAGGCAACAAAGACAUUCUGACUGGCUACUUAACCAGGCUGAAGGAAAUCCGAAGCACCCUGGAAACUUCUCCUUUCUUCAAAACUCACGAGGUGAUCGGAAGCUCCCUGUUGUUCGUCCACGACAGCAAAGGCAGAGCAAAAGUGUGGAUGAUCGACUUCGGCAAGACAAUGGCGCUCCCCGAGGGCGAGGAGUUGGACCACCGGGCGUCCUGGCAGGAGGGCAACCGGGAGGACGGCUACCUUUUCGGACUGGACUGUCUGGUGGACAUCAUUUCCACAGUUCUGGACUCUGAAACAUGAGCACUUUUAGUCAUUUUAUUAUUUAAUCCCCCAGCGGAAACUUUUGGAAACACACACGUACGCUCCACAUUCUCUCGCUUUCAGAUGUUUGUAGACAUUUGGGGGGAAAAAACACUCAAUUUCUCGUUUUUUUUUUUUUUUUUUUUUAAUGCAGCUUUGCAGAUAAGUGGAACAGGCAAAGGAGUUUUAAGGCCACACUCCAAAAAAAAACAAAAAACAUAUUUCAUGACAGCGACAUCAAAUCCUACAAGAAUAAAGUUGCAUUUCACACUUUCAAGGAAAAUAAAAUGCAUCAUAUGAAUGCAGGAAUCUCGACAUGAUUCUGGCAAAACUGUAACUUUAGAAAUAUUAUUAUAAUUUUUUUAAAAUGAAAAAUUCCUGAAAAAAUAAUUACUUUUUCCCAUAAAAGUAUAUUUUAUCGAAGAUUAAUCUAGAUUUAAAAUGUUUGUAUUAUCAAAAUGCUGACAUUUUUGCUUCAUAUACAAAAGAAAUCAUCUCUAAUCUACAAUUUCAAUUUAAAAUAUAUGACGGUCUAAAAAAAAGUACAAAUUUAUGACUAUAAAAUUACACAUUAAUCUGAAGAAACUUUAGAAAUAAUAAUUUUUUAAAUUAAAAAUUCCUGAAAAAAUAAUUACUUUUUUCCCACAAAAGUAUAUUUUAUCGAAGAUUAAUCUAAAUUUAAAAUGUUUGUGCUAUCAAAAUGCUGACAUUUUUGCUUCAUAUACAAAAGAAAUAAUCUACAAUUUCAAUUUAAAAUAUAUGACUGUCUAAAAAAAGUACAAAUGUAUUACUAUAAAAUUACACAUUAAUCUGAAGAAACUUUAGAAAUAUUAUUAUAAUUUUUUUUAAAAUUAAAAAUUCCUGAAAAAAUUACUUUUUUCUCAUAAAAGUACAUUUUAUCGAAGAUUAUUCUAGAUUUAAAGGGUUUGUAGUAUCAAAAUGCUACAUUUUUGCUUCAUAAACAAAAUAAUCUUUAAUCUACAAUUUCAAUUUAAAAUAUAUGACUGUCUAAAAAAAGUACAAAUUUAUUAAAAUUACACAUUAAUCUGAAGAAUAUCACUCGUACAUAAUCUUUAAUCCCGACAAAGUAUAUUCUCCUAAAUAUUGACAAUAUAACUUUUUUAAUUAAAAAAUAUACAAUUUAACUAAUUUAAAUGAAAUUCAAUCAAAUAUAUACACAAUUUUAUUCUUAAUCUGUAUAUUAAUUUUUGACCAAGAAAUUAGUUUCAUAAAACAUUUUUAGAAAAAAAAUUGCAACUUUAAUCUAAAAAAAUAAUAGCUAUUAUUUAAUUUAGAUAAUGAAGACUUUAUCCUCGAAAAUAUUAAUUUAAAUCUUGACAUGUCGUUUUAUUUCUUGUAAAAACAUUUUCAAACCGUCGGUGUUUACUUGUGAAUUUACAACUUUAGCGCUCUCUAGCGGAAGCGUGUGGUAAGACAAGGAAAUCAGGUUUACUUUGAAAGAAAAACAAUUGAAAAGGUGCCUUAAAAAAACAAAAUAAAGCCUUAAAAUGUCUUAAAAUCAAGAUCUUUUCAUUUAAAGUCAAACGUCCAAACUUUUAUGAAUAUAUUUGCACCCAAGUCUUAGAAAUAAAACACUCCCACUUUUGGAACUGUUGCGUUUAAGUGCAGUUUGGCUAGGAUCUACUGUGUAAAACCUUUUUUAAAAAAUCUAAUACCUGCUGAACACUUUGGUGCCUUUUCUGACUUCACUUGUACAUGAUGUCUUAUUUCUUCUGUAGUCUUUAAAGAGUGCAUGUUUAUUAGUUUCUCUAUUUAUAAUACAGUUGUUUUCGAUGAUGGCUUUGCCCUUUUAUUCCUUUAUGUUUUUUGUCUUAAGUCUCCUUUGAAUCUGAGCUUCAUUAUGGCAGCACAUGCUACAUAAAUGCGCAGUUCUAUUUCUAAACACACACGUUUUAUUUUUGGUUUCCUUUUUAGCCUACGCUCAUCUAAACUUGCCUCUGUGUAAAACAAAAAAAAACUAAGCAGAAAAACCUUUCACCCAGUGCACUUAAAGCUAUGUAUAUUUAUUAUUUAUUACUGUCGAUGCUGUAAUUUGAAUGGUUUUCUUUAACAAAAUGAAUGAAAUAAUGUGUUUUCUUGCCUUCUCCCUUCAAAAUACGUUGUAUUGUCAGACAAUAUUUUACUACUGAUAGAAUACAAUAUUUUAAAAGCGAAGGUAUUUUUGUUCUUGUCUUAACAUUUCGUGAAAAAAAUAUGAAUACAUUAGUUUGAAUAACCUUUUGCUGAUAUAGGGUCCUACAAUUUAAAAGGUUUUUAAAUUCAAUGUUAUAUAUGUUUGAAAAUAGCUGAAUAUAUACUGUAUAUAUUUUACUUUUAGAUAUACAGUACUAGAGAGAUAACUAUACUUUUAGACAUUGUUACCACAAAUCAAUUUGAGGCUGAAGCAUAUUUAUCACAUGUGGGAUUUUAAUAUUGUAAUAUAGGUCUAGUUGACUAAUGUACAGAAUAAUUAAAAAUAAACAGGUAACUGGCUUGCAGUAUAAUUAUUUAAACAUUGCAUUUAAUGUUAAAUAUUUUAAUCUCGUUGAGAAACCUGGUUAAAAAAAAAGUUUUAAAACUUAAUACUGUACUUAAAAGUACCGUAACUUUCCGACUGUAAGGCGCACCUGACUAUAAUCUGCCACCCAUCAAAUUUCAGCAGGGCCAAGAACGAAAAGUGGUGUUUGCUAUGGGGCAAAAUGGAUUUUGCCUUGUGGCAUUUUUUUUGCCAUGUGGCAUUUUUUUUGCCAUGUCACAAAAUUGAUUUUGCCAUGGAGCAUUUUUUUUGCCGUGUGGCUUUUUUUUGCCAUGUGACAAAAUUGAUUUUGCCAUGUUGCAUUUUUCAUUUUUUUGCCAUGUGGCAAAAUGGAUUUGGCGUAGUGACAUUUUUUUGCCAUGUGGCAAAAUUGAUUUUGCCAUGCGGCUUUUUUUUUUUUGCUAUAGCUUUCAAUGGCAUGGACGUGCAUGGCCUGCAAAAAUGUACCCAUAUACCCCCAAAAAUGCCACAUACCAAAAAAAUAUUUCACGAAUCAACAAAAAAUGCCAUUUGUUAAAAGUAUUUUUUUCCACAUAGCCCCCAAAAAAUGCCACAUGGCAAAAUCCAUUUUGCCACAUGGCAAAUACCACUUUUGGUUCUCGCUGUCUCUCAAAUUCGACACGAAAACGGCAUUUGUUCAUAGAUAAGCCACACUUGACUAUAACCCGCAGCUGUCCACACUGUAUUAUGGGAUAUUUACACGAAAAGAUAUUAACCAGUAACACUUUAUUUGACAGCGGCAUAAUACGACUGUCAUAAGACUAAACGAACCACCAUUAAGCUUUGAACCAAUUGGCUGCAAAGAUUCAUUGCUUCAAGAAGGUUCAUUUAUAACUGCUCCCUUGGGGGAAACAGUCAACCUCUGCUGCAGCCACCUGCUGUGAACACUGUUGUCGUCCAACAUGCCUCCUAGCAUGCAUUGCAGGGCUACCAAUGUAAAUUACAAUCAUUAUUAAUGUUAUAUGCUCAUUAUUUAUUCAGUUACUGUUCCAGUUGUUUCAUUAAUUGCUAGUAAUGUUAUUUCGUAACACUUUUUUUGACAGUGGCGCCAUAAGACUCUCAUUAGACAAUCAUAAUUAUGACAUGACACUGUCAUGAGCAUUAAUAAAUGCUUUUAAAAGAUUUGAUUCAGUGUUUUCUGGCAAAUUAUCUCACUUUUGAAUGGAUAUUAAAGAUCUGAGCUGGCCAUAAAUGGAGUUAGUAACAUAAUUUGCCUGAUGACACUUAAUGACAUCUGUCAUAAGCAUUCAGUAAUGCUCAUAAUGAUGUCAUGUCCUAAUUAUGACGGUUUUAUGACAGACUUAUGACGCAGCUGUCUCAUA